AUGUUCAAGUUUUUCAUAUUCUUCUGUUUCAUCAUUUUGGCACAUGGGAAUCUUGGCCAUGGCUCAUCAGAGCCUAUGGUUGGGAUUUAUGAGCUCAAAAAAGGCGAUUUUUCUAUAAAGGUCACAAAUUUUGGUGCAAGAAUCGUCUCUGUUAAUCUUCCUGACAAAAAUGGGAAGUUAGCAGAUGUUGUUCUUGGUUAUGACACGGCCAACGAGUACAUGAACAAUUCGGGUAACUUUGGAGCAAUUGUUGGACGGGUUGCUAACCGCAUUGCUGGUGCUCAGUUUACAUUAGACGGAGCACUUUACAAGCUUGAUGCUAAUGGGGGCAAUGGGACUUACACGGUUCAUGGUGGGAAAAAUGGAUUUAGCCGAGUUAUUUGGAAGGUUAAAAAACAUGAAAAAGAGGGUCCAUCUCCUUACAUUACCUUGUCCUAUUAUAGUGCUGAUGGCGAAGAAGGUUUUCCGGGUGCUCUUGUGUCCUACGUAACCUAUGCUCUUUCUGAGCCGUACAAAUUAAUCGUAACAAUGAAAUCAAAAGCUUUAAACAAGGCCACUCCAGUGAACCUAGCCCAACACAGCUUCUGGAACCUUGGUGGUCACGACAGUGGGGAUAUUCUGUCGGACGAGCUCCAGCUAUCUGCAUCACGCAUCACACCUGGGGAUGAAGACCUAAUCCCGACUGGUGAAAUCGUAUCGGUUAAGAAAACACCGUAUGAUUUCCUCUCGCCCCGCGUGAUCAAAACCCAGAUGAACGAACUUCCCAAUGGAUCCAGAGGUUACGAUAUUAAUUAUGUCAUUGAUGGUUACGAGAGUAAAAAGAUGAAGCCUGUAGCUGUGGUUUAUAACAAGAAGUCUGGACGAGUAAUGAAGCUAUCAUCAAAUGCUCCCGGCGUACAGCUCUACACGGGGAACAACCUUAACAACGUGAAGGGGAAAGGUGGGUACAUUUAUCAAGCUUAUGCAGGCUUAUGUUUAGAGACUCAAGGUUUCCCAGAUUCAGUCAAUCACCCGAAUUUCCCCUCACAGAUUGUGACUCCGGGGAAGACUUAUGAACAUUACAUGUUGUAUACAUUUACCAUUAAUAAAGAUUAA